AUGGGAAAUAAAGUGUGGAUGGUUAAAAGUAGGAUAACAAUAGAUGAAAGUGGUGUUGUAAGACAUGGAGAUGAGGAAAUAUUUCAAGAGAAUACAAGGUAUGAAGAAGAUGUCAAGUUAAAUGAACAAGGGAGCAUGAUGAAGCUAGCAAAAGAUGGAAAGGAAAAAGAUGAUGUAAAUAAAGAUGAAGAAACAAAAGUAUUAACAAAGGAAAUACCAAAGAAGAAGAUUGAUAUAGUUGUAGCAACAAAUUGGAAAAAUAUUGAGGAGAACAUAUGUGUGCAAGUUACAGGAAAAUUGUUAUUCGAAGCUUUCUGCAACAGAUUCAUGGAGUACAGUGCAUCAAUUAAGGGUUUACAGGCACCCCCUCGUCUUGUGAGCAAAUGUGCUUCUUCUGGGAUUUCACGGGUCAGAAUUGGAGCGAGGCCAAUGCAUUCGACAAGUAUUAGGGCAUUUCAGUCUCAAAGUGCUUCCUUUUCUUCAUCAUCAUCAUCAUCAUCAUUGUAUGAUGUUCUCUGUAUCUCUCCUGACGUGAGUGCGCGUGAUGUAAAGAGCGCAUAUCGUAGGAUGGCUCUUAAAUACCAUCCUGAUGUCUGCCCUCCUGUAGAGAAGGAAGAGUGUAGCAAAGUAUUUCUUCAAGUUCAGGAGGCUUAUGAGACUCUGUCGGAUCCUCUGCUCCGCCAGGAUUACGAUUGGAGAGUGCAGAACAUAUUCACAGUAGGUGAUUACGAAGGCGGAUUAGGGAGUAGUGAGGUGUGGGAAGCGCAGCUGAUGGAGUUAAUUAGAAGGAGAUCGAGAAAUAACUCGUCGUCAUGGGGUAGCAGAAUGAGAAGUCGAAAACAACAGGGGGCUUAUGCUUGCUGA